AUCUAUACCUCUAUGGCUGCCACUUCCCACAAAAUUUUCAUUUCAUUGAAAAGAUUCUCCAAUUUCUCUGCUCUGUGAUCUCAGUUUUAGAAAACAACAAUCAAGGAAAACGUUAAAAACUGUUUGGACUUGCGUUUAUUGCUCAAUUUUAAUAUUCGGAUGGUGUUUCACAACUAUGGUGACCGUGUUUAAUAGAUUGCGUGUAACGUGAAAAGGAAAAUCGAUUUUUCCGGUUAAGUGUUAUUAUUGAACAUUGUUCAAAAUGAAUCCUUUUAUCGGCUCAGCUUCUUUGGUGUUAUAUUUCGUGACGAGAUGCCAAGCUUCGGGAACAGAUAUAGCUUUAGACGCAAAAGCUACUCUUCUUCACCGUAUAGAUAGUUUGAAUCUAUUAAUUUAUACUUGCCUAUUAACGUUAACUGUUUUGACUAUAUGGGUAUUCAAGCACCGUCGAGUGAGUUGGCUGCACGAAACUGGACUCGCUGUUAUAUAUGGUCUUAUAGUAGGAGCAAUCAUAAGAUAUGCAGGGAGUACAAAUCAAGUUACCUACAUUGAUGCUCACCCAGAUGCCAACUCCAAUUACAACCUGUCUGUGCCGCCAGACAUUGUUCGCUUUCAUUUCCCCGACAAGCAGAUGUCUUCCGGUGAUGUACCAGUACCAAAUAAGACCUAUGCAUACAGCUUCAGGGGUGAGAUAGUCAAUGUGGAACAAAAUGAAAUUGACUUAAAAGCAACUUUUGAUCCAGAAAUAUUUUUCAAUAUAAUUUUACCUCCUAUCAUAUUCCACGCUGGAUAUUGUCUGAAAAGAAAAUAUUUCUUCCGCAACCUGGGUGCAAUAUUGACUUUUGCUAUGGUGGGCACAGCUCUCUCUGCCUUGGUCAUUGGAUCUCUGAUGUAUGGUUGUGUACAACUGAUGCCUGCUUCUCUAGCUGCUAGUUUCACAUUCCUCGACACUCUGUAUUUUGGUGCUUUGAUCUCGCCCACCGAUCCGUUAACUGUUCUUGCGAUCUUCUCUCAAUUGAAGGUAGACGUCAAUCUUUACGCUAUGAUAUUCGGCGAGAGUGUUCUCAACGACGCGGUGGCUCUAGUCCUCAGCGGAGCCAUACAAAACUAUGAGAAGAGGUACUCCGUGGACGGUGGAUUCGAAAUAACGGCAUUCCUCGCGGCGAUUGGCGAUUUUAUUGGAAUCUUCAGCCUUUCGCUGCUGGUGGGCGCUCUGAUUGGAUGUUUGACUGCAUUGAUGACAAAGUUCACUCACGUACGCGAUUGGCCGCUGCUGGAGUCUGCGCUGUUCGUGCUGACGUCAUACGCGGCUUUCCUCAUCGCUGAGGUGUUUGAACUCACUGGUGUGGUGGCGGUGCUAUUCUGCGGUAUAUGUCAAGCUCACUACACCUACAACAACCUGUCAGCCGACUCGAGGAACAGAACCAAACAACUGUUUGAGUUGCUCAACUUCCUGGCCGAGAACUUCAUCUUCACAUACAUUGGUGUAUCGAUGUUCACCUUCCCUAAACAUCACUUCGAUCCGUGGUUCAUCAUUGCUGGAUUUCUAACUUCGAUGCUUGGCCGCGCAGUGAACAUCUACCCGCUAUCGUUUCUGUUAAAUCUGGGAAGAAAACCUCCGAUACCUAUGAACUUUCAACACAUGCUGUUCUUUGCUGGUCUCCGCGGUGCUAUGUCGUUCGCGCUGGCGAUCCGCAACACGGUGUCGGAGGCGCGGCAGGCGAUGCUGACCACCACCUCGCUCAUCGUCAUCGCCACCGUCGUGCUGCAGGGCGGCGCCGCCACGCACGCGCUCGCCUACUUGCGGAUACCCACCGGACAAGGGCAGAACGAUGAAAACGAAGCACUGCCUUACCGUGACGUAAGAAGUCUCUACCAGUCCACGGAAACAAGCAGACCGAACGGCCGCAUGGUAGUAAAAUGGGGAAAAGGCGAAAGCGAAGUGGUUAUGCCUUGGCAACUAAACUCCUUCGAAGAUACUCCUCAUGGCGGCGGAGACGGUGGUGGUGAAAAGGCCCGACUAGCUCGACUGUGGGGAGCCGUAGACUCCAAGCUGCUUAAGCCACUGCUCACCCAUGCUCGACCGCCAUUGACUGAAACCCUGCCCUCUUUCUUGAGGCCUCUGGGCAGGAUAUUGACUACCACAAGACAGUAUACACAAUCUGAAAACAGUCUCCGAAGGACCGACUCAGAUUCCGACUUAUGUAUUGACGAACCCCAACCAGUACCGACGACAAUCGACCCACAGCUACCAUAUAAUAUACGGAAUGGAUACGGAAAUGUCUAAGCUUUGUAGCGUUAGUUGUUCCUCGGCUGUGAUAACAGGUCUAGAAAACUAGAUGUACAUAGAAUAUUGUUUUUUUUAAUAGGCAAAUUGUUUCUUAAUCAUUGCACGCAGCAACUAUGGCCCGGACUCGUGGACACGAGAAUCUCAGUAGAAGGUAUCACCGGGAGUAACAUAUAGUUUUAAGUAGGAAAAAUAAUAUACCUACUACUUCGCUCUUUGUGCCACGUUGAGAUGUGAUGCCACCAAAAAUUGUAAUGUAUUUUGCUAUAAUCUAAUAGUCUAAGAUCCGACAUUAGAAAUAUAUACCUCAUCUGUUAUUCGUUGGUGCUAUGAAAUAAAUGAUGAAUGAGAUAAUGUUCACAGUGACACAUUGCAAUUGGGUUGCCUAGUUAAAUUGCGGCCGAACACAUUUUUAUACAAACAAUGCAACCUUUACUUUUUCAAUUCUUUUUGAUAUAUUCUACUAACUAGUGUACAAUUUUUUUUAAUCAACCAAUGAGGGGGAUUAAAUAAAUUAAAAAAAAAUAUGAAUUUAAUUCUACUCGGUCGCAAUUUAACUAGACAACCCAUGUGUAAUGUGUCAAUAUGAAUGUUUUCUAUCAUUUAUUUCUUAUCUCAAUUACAUAACAGAUGAGUAUAUAUUUCUUAUGUCGGAUCUCGUACUAUAAUGUAGCUUGUAGCUACUACCGUUUAGUGGUAUUAAGACUAGUGUAUUUUGGUAGUACCACGCGAUAUCCCUUAGUGUUUAUUGCUUCGGUAUAGUUUGGUUUGAUUGUUUGUAUCAUGAAAUGCUUUUGUAGCUGGUAUCAAUAAUAAUUGUUGUUUUAAAUAAGCACGUUUUUCACGAAAUUUUUCCGCCCUCAGUAAAGUUUACUUUAAGUUUUAGCAUUUCCACUGUAUGUGUAAUUUUUACAAAUUGUAUUAAAGGACAUGUCAAUAAUAAAGGCCCAAUUUUGGGCUAAAUUAGUUGCAGUUAAUUGCAAAUUAAUCUAAAAGCAGGUCGUAGUAUUUUUUACGGAUAGAAGAUACAAAUUGCUGUUUAGAAUUUUCAGGAUUUUUGGAACCCCCAUUAAUUAGAUAAAUAUUUUUUUUUGUUUCGCUCCCUUGUCUACAAAUUAAACAUAGACAAUACAGUAAAAGUGUUCAAAACAGCCAAUGAAAUUUUGUAGAAUUGAAUUCAUAACCGGUGUAAGCUGUCAAUGUCAAGUAAUAUUGUCAAAUGUCAAUAUAACACAAGUUAAAAAGAAACGUUUAAUCGUAGACAGAGAAGCAUGAAACAAAAUAAUGCCUUCAAUAGCUUUAAAAACUCCCUUUAAGAUCGCAACUGCGCGAAGAUCACUGACAAUCUGUCAGGGUGUGAGUUACGAGCAUAUUGUUAUAAAAAAAAAUUCUUAAUUAUGUUGUCAGCUAAUGAAAAAAUUACAUUUUAUUUAUUUAAUUGAAUAAAAAUGCGGGUUCCAAAAAAAAAAAUAUUUAGGGUUUUAAGUUCUAUAUUUUAUGUUCUUUUAAGAUAAGAAUAAUUUGUUCUGCUUAGUUGACACUCGAAAUAAUACAAAGCCCCCAUACAAAAUUGGGACAUGUCCUUUGUUUAAUAUACAUUCUUAUGGUGUAUUGUAUAAAUCUUUAUUAUGUCAUAGUAUUUAUAUUUAUAAAUUUAGUUAAAGAACAAACUAUGAUUUAAAUACACAUUUCGAAAUCAGUUAACGAUCGUUGUUUGUCAACGUCAAUUUUCUACCUCCACAUGUUUGUCAACGUCAAUUUUCUACCUCCACAUGUUUGUCAAAAUUAUUGCAAUAAAUUAAGCGAUAGAUCAAAAAUAAAUGUCAAAGUUGCUUAAAGAUAGUCUGUUUAUAAUUUUCAAUACCUCAACACGUAGGUAAAUUCAUUGACAAAUAAAACGAAACUUGUUUGAACUAUUAAAAACAAUUUAUGAAUUUAUACUACCUACUAUCACAAAAAAAAAUGGCAAACAUAUAUUAAAUACGUAUUGUUUUAAUCUAGUUUUUGUAUUUUUUUUUUUUUACUAAAGUGUUUCAAAUAUAACAUUAGGUACAAAAAAUGCAAGUACAUCUAUUCAGUAUUGCUUGCUAAUUGUGAUAUUUGUUUUAUGCAUAUAGUAAAAAAUGUUAUGUAAAAAAAUCAUGUAGUUCUCAUAUUUUGACGACCGACAUUUAACAAACAGAAACAUUCUAAAACUGACAAAAAUUUGUUUUCUCUAAUGCAGUAUAAUGACAUAAUAUAUAGGAAUUAUAAUAGUUAGAUCUACGUUUUCUAUCAUCAAUAUUUUUGUAAAAUUUAUUUAUACUUUUUUACACUAAAUUGCUACUUUAAAUCUUAAUCUAGUCCACUAUUUCCUUUCGAAUGUUAUGAACAUUUUGAUAAUAUUAGUUUCAAACAUUGCUCUAAUAGAAUGGGUAUGACAUUAGACCUCUGGUAAAAGGUUGUUAUUUACUUAGUAUUUGCGUUUUACUGUUGGUAAUUUUAAAAUUAAUUGUAAAUAGGAUAUUACUGCAAGAUCUUAAUUGGUUUUUAAAACCGACGGUUGUUAAAACAUUUAUUUUGUGUCCAUUUUUCACAACAGUUUAUCUUUCUAGUUAUAAGUAUCGUAACUGUAAACACAUACAUAUUUUUAAUUUAGAUAAAUGCUUAUACUAUGCCUUUAUAAGUCCUUGAAUGAUUAUACAAAGGGCAAUUGUUUAUCACGAAUUUUAAAUGAAAAGAAAGAUUCCUUAUAUAUUAUGUGUAAUAAAAUUUGAUUCAAA